UUUACCCCUCUCCCCACCAUUCUCCCUGCCCCUCCCCUCCCGUGCCAAGGGCAGGGCGCCCGUGCCGCGAGAGGAGCGAGAAAGGAGCUCCAUAUUUAGCGGCUUCCACGGGGGCGCGGAGGGCGUGGCCGCCUCCGAGGAGAGAAGCAUUAACGCUCAGAUUAUGACUAUAAUCUGCCAGCGAUAAGCGCCGCUCUCUUAUCUGUCGGCGGCGUCCGAUCUGGAGCGAGGGAGGACUGCGUUAUUCACCGAGGGCAUUGGCGAGAUACGAGAUCGACCUCCUGUCUGUUGGGAAGAAACGCGUCAAGGCACGAGAACGGACUUAUCUAUCGAGGGCAUCUGGGUAGCGAGAUGUGAGAACGAGGCCCGCUGUCUAUCGAGAGAUAAGAGGACAGUUAUCUAUCGAGAACAUCUGAGUACUGAGAACGAUCUCUGUUAUCUGUCGGACGACCUGGCCGUUAACGAAAGGAAAACAGAAAAAUUAAGAGAUAAUAAGAGAUAACAAGAGAUAAUAGAGAAAACACAAAUAGAGAACAGAAAUUAGGAGGACAGAAGAAAAACACAGAUAAGGGAGAGUAAGGAAAACAAAAUUAAGCAGAAACAGAACACAGAUAAGAGAGAACAGAGUAGACAGACAGAGGAGAAGAAACAAAGAGAAGAGCGAGAAAAGAGAGAAGAGUGAAAACAAAGAUAAAGGAAACCAAGAAACAAAAAAAAAAGGAAAUAAGCUCGAAAAAAUAAAACAGAAAGAACAGAUAAAACAGAGAAAAGCGGAGACGACGCAAGAGGAGAAGCGGAGGGAAGACCUCGCGCAGAAGGACCCCCCUCGCCCCUUGUUUUCCUCGGACGGAUCGGGAUGUUCUGGCUUCUCGACGACUCGCUCUUCGGACCCGAUGGACCGCACGGGGGCUACAUCCCCUUCGUCGAAACCCCGUGUGAGGAUCAGAUCGGAGAAACCAUCAAGUGGAUCACCGUGCUCAGCAUCGCGCCCAUCGCCUGCCCGCUCGUGCCCUGGCUCUGCUGCCCGCUCGAGAUCGGCAACACCAGCAUCACCAUCAGCGCCGACCAGGACUGCGAGGAGAUCGGCGCCAUCUACGGCUCCACCAUCUUCUGGACCAUGCAGGCCGUUUCCAUCCUGGGCCUCGUCCUGUCCUUCGCCAGCCUGCUCACCUGCGGCGCCGGGGAGGCAGGCUUCGACGUGCCGCAGGUGGCGCCCGUCGUGCUGGCAAUGGACAUCUCGGACGCCGUGGCGGGCCAGAUAGACUUGAACGAGGUGCUGGAGGUCGGGCCCCUGCGCUUCGUGACUGACAAGGUGGUUCGGAUCCUGCACGAAGGCUACAAGAAGGAGGUGGCCAACGAGCUCGCCCAGGCCGAGGCCGAGGGAGGAGGGACAGCCGGAGGAUCUGGAGGAAGAGAGGCGCAAGGAAGGACUGCGAACGACACGGUGCAGGAGGUUCACAGGAGGGCCAAGAGACAGGUCAUUAACGUGCCUAUACCUACCUUACAAGGCCAUGUUCCAGGGCGCGACGACCCCCCCUCGGACGCCUGCGAUAGAGACGAGGUGCUCCUCUCCGACGGCGACUGCCACGAGCUGCUCAAACAGGGCCCGUGCGAGGAGGACGAGAUCGUGCUGAUGGACCGCGCCACCAGGCAGGGCUACUGCGGCGCGCGCCUGUGCAGCCCCGACCGCGUGUUCGUGUUUGGCGACCAGCAGUGCCACGACCCCAACGAACCCGGGAUCUGCCCACCCGGACGCCGCCUGUUCACGACCGGCUUCGGGACGCCGGUGUGCGGCUGUCCGGACGGCACCUACGAGGAGGACGACGACCUGGACGACGACGUGUGCGAGCCGGUCCUCGCGCGCCUCUCCGGAUGCCCCGCCGGCGAGGUGUUCUGGUUCACGAGCUUCCGGCGCCCCCCCGAGUGCGUGCCCGACCCCUGCAAGGGACUCAACCUCAAGCGGGGCCCCAGCGACCUGCCCUUCGCCCCCUCCCUGCACGACGGCAAGUGCUACCAGAUCGGCUCGCGGCCGCCCUUCUGCCAGAGCGACGAACUCUACUCGCUGUCGUUCGAGCUCCUGCGCGGCGUGUGCUCGACGCUCGACGACGCCGGCUACCAGCUGCUCGACGCCGACACGCUCGACUUCCUGGCCAGCGUCUACGGGUCCCCGCUGCCCCGCGACGCGCCCUCCAAGGACCCCAAGGACUCCCGUGCCAAGCCCUCGUCCUCCUCGUCCUCGUCCCGCCGCCGCCCCUCCUCGUCCUCGUCCCGUAAGGGCGUGAAGGCCAAGAUCACGCCCGCCGGCACGACGCUGCUGGUGCGCCCCGCCAUCGGCUCCUCCGUCAUGAAGGCGGCGGCCAACGUGAGCUUUCCGCCGCCCUUCAUCAUGGGCCAGUCGGUCGUGGCCAACCACCACGACGACGCCGACGACGACGCCCUCGAGGACGCCCACGCCAUGGUCGCGCUUCUGCCCACGCACAUGAACGCCUUCUCGCCGCCGCUCAUCGCCGUCAACGGCUCCGUGUCCGUCCUCGGCUUCCUCAGCAACCUGGUGCCGGGCGCGCCCCCCCUGCACCACCGGGGGCGCCGUUCCCCCCAGCCGUUCGCCUCCCCCGGCAACGUGUUCGAGCCCGGCCUCUCCGCGUGCCGUGCCGGUGCCAGGCGCGACGGCAACGCCAAGUGCCGUGACACAGUCCUUCCGAGCCGGUACCCCCCUUCCCGCCCCCGCAGGACCGCCCCGCCCGUGCCCGCCCGGCCCUCCUGCCCCCCCGGAAGCUUCUGGAACCUGGACCGCAGCUGCUCCUCCAGCUCCCAGGGCAUCGCCAACGCCAUCUCAAACAUCGGCCUCGGAUAAGCCUCGGCCUGCGAUGCUCCAACACGAUUUUUUUUACCUGUUCUUAUUCUAUUUUGUGUUUCGGUUCUCUCGUUUUUGUUUUUUUCUUUUUUCAUUUUUUUUUCUUGCGUUUAUUUUGUUUAUUCUCGUUUGUGCAAAUUUUAUUUCCUUUUUUUUCUCUCUCUUUCUCUUUCUCCUUUCGCCUCCGUCUCCGUUUUGGGCGCGGGACGUUUGUCUCGGGUCGCCGACGAUCUGUUUCAAGUUAUUUUCUCACUUACCCCAUUUAGUAAGAUGAACUCCACGUUUAUAGGAGACAGAAAAAAAUAUAUAUUCAAAGGAUAAAAAAAAGACAAAUGUGAAAUAUAUUCUUCUUUAAAUUCACUGUUUUUGCGCAGUAGACUCUUCUAGUCAGCCAUUCGGAGUUACUCGUUUUUAAACUUCGCGUUACCAUUCUCUCCUCCUUACACUGACCUGCUUUGUGACUUUCCGCAGUGUAAUCCACUCAGUGAUCACGAUGGAAAUGGUAACGAUAGUGUUCCUAAUUACCAAGGGCUUCAUAAUGGCGGCUUCAAAAAGCAAAAACAAAACAAAAGGAAGAGAAGACAACGUCCUGCGCCGAGGAUCCAAACCUGAUUACUAGAAAAUUCAAAUAUCGAAGUCUUUUUGUCUUUAAAGUUCCGAAUAGCAUAAAUUCACGUUUUCAUUAAUGUUUUAGAGUUAGAGAUAAUUUUGUGUGUAUAAUCUAGUGUCUUAAGGGAAAAUGAAGCUUGGACUGCGUUGAGACCCGCUGGUUGUUGAAGGAAGAAGACAGUAACGAAAUAUAUACAUAUUUUUGGGUUUGGUUUAUUAUUUUUUUACAAAGAAAUAAAACAAAAUAAUGUUCCUUAGAAACUUGUUAUGUUAAUUGUUCGUCGUAGAAAAAAAGUUUAGAUUAGAUCAUUUUACAAAACAAUAUUUUGAUAAAUAUAUUGUCUUGCAGACCGAAAAUAAGAAAAGAGCCAAUUAACAAAGCAGGUUUAUUCUCAAAUAUGUAAAUAUUUUGUCUCAUAACAUCAACCCAGUGGGCGGUCUGGUCAUUCAGAGAAAGAGCAGAAACCGUGAUGAUGUUUUUGUGAUUUUCAAAAUUCUUUUAAUCGUCACUCUUUAAACAUUUUUCUGUCUGUGUUACCGUGAUGUAUUAGGAACACAGCUCUCUCAAAAUCCCAAUCCUUGCUUGCGUAUCCAGAAAUGUACAAUGUUAUGCAUGUGUAGAUAAGCCCUGGGCAUUUAUUCUGUGGUGAUAUAUA